AUGAGAUUAAGACAAUUAAUCAAUGAUAUCGAUGAUUGGAUAUGCAUUAAUCCACAUACAUUAGAAACAUAUUAUGAACGGUCUAUCAGUUUAAUUACACAAUCAUUGAAACUUGUAACACAAACGGAAGAGCCUAAUGAUGGUGGUUUUAUUUAUGUCAUGCCUACUAUUAAUAUAACCAAACGAGCUAAAAUGGUGCUAGACCAUUCUACCAUAAAUAUUUUAUUGAAGAUCGCAUUAUCAGCCGUAGUUGUCAAUGACUGCGAACUAUUGAGUUUGUUGGAAUCAGCAGCCUUUCCUGUAUUUCUUGUCUCCAAAACAACCACGACAGAUAGAAUCUUUGCUCAAUUGUGUAUUCAUUAUUACAAUUAUCCUAGACAUUCUAUUGGUCAAAUGAUUGGUGUAACUGGUACUAAUGGUAAAACAACAGUAACACAUAUGAUUGAAAAAGUUUUAUUAGACGCUAAACUCACAGUUGGUCUGAUAGGCACACUUGGCUAUAGAUGUCAUGGUCAUGAGAGUAACACGAACGACUACAUAAAUGCAGGUUACACAACACCAAAUGCAUGGAUAUUACAAACAAUAUUGAAUGAAAUGAAAAAUGAAUAUCAUAUAGACAACGUGGUCAUGGAAGUUAGUUCUCAUGCGUUGACUGUAGACCGUGUUUACGGAUGUGACUUUAAUGUUGCCAUUUUUACAAAUCUUACGCACGACCAUCUCGGUUUUCAUAAAACAAAGGACAACUACUUACGAGCAAAGUUGUCAUUAUUUUCAGAAUAUUUAUCAAAAUCUCUAUCAACAAAAGCUAUCAUAAAUCAUGACGAUCCAUUAUAUGAACAAUUUAUUAGUGCAUGUCCAUCUAAUGCUCAAGUUUAUACAUAUGGUCUAUCGACGAAAAGUCUAAAUUCGUUUGUAGCUAAUGAUAUUAAAAAUUCGCUAAAUGGUGUAAGUUACACACUUUUACUAUCAUCAGGUGAAACACGACGCGUUCAUUUAAAUAUCCACGGUGACUUUAAUGUUUACAAUACGUUAGCUUGUAUAGCUACUUGCUUUAUAACUUAUUCCUCAUUUUUAACAUUAGAUCAAAUUAUUCAAUCACUAGAAAGCUUCCAGGGCGUUAAAGGUCGAUUUGAAUUCAUCAUACGUCAUAGACCAUUCUCAGUUGUAAUUGAUUUCGCACAUACUCCGGAUGCAUUAGAAAAAGUGAUUAAGAGCGGAAGACAAAUAUUAUCCGAAUCAGAGGAAAAUGGUCGGUUGAUUGUUGUUUUUGGCUCUAGUGGAGGAGAAUAUCCACCAACAAGACCAUUAUUUGGACGCAUAGCCGAUGAAAAUGCUGAUAUCAUGAUAAUAACAUCAGAGAACCCUUGUCAAGAGAAUCCACAGGCAAUCAUCGAUGAAAUUUUAUCUGGAAUCUCACAAAAACCAGAUGAUAAUCGAUUAUACGUAGAAUCAAAUCGAAAACAAGCUAUACAUUUAGCUAUGGAUUUAGCUAAUAAUAAAAACGAUCUUAUACUGAUUACUGGUAAAGGACAUGAAAGAACACAAACAUUUGCAAACCAUGCUAUACAAUUUAACGAAAAAGAGAUCAUAGAAGAAAAAUAUAAGCAAAUGAUGCAGGAUAAUCCCUUUUCAACGUAA